AGAUGGUGCUUUAAUAUUCAACUGAGCAUAAUUUGCAUCCAUACACUUGACAAAGCGUUGUGUUAUUGCUCAAUGGUCGUUAUCAAAUGCAAAUGCCAAACACAGUAUUGAAACUCAACACUAUCAUCGUGAAUCUGAUUGGACUAAAGCUGCUGUUGCUGCCUCCAAAACAUUUUUUUUUUUAAGGUGUGUGAUCCACUAUCAGGGUCGUUCCUAGGUUCUCUCUUCCUUCCCUUCUUGUACUAUUUUCUAUUCUCAUCACCAUGGCCGACGUCGCAUCCCUACCCACUAUACCAGAGAAGAGCGAAAUUGAGACUGUAAAUGGGUAUUAUUCGAACCAGUAUCGCCGCAACCACCUUGUUCUGUUUCUUAAUUGAUUUGGUUUUUCUUCGCACCAGUGCAAACCAAGCUAUCAAAGAUUGUGUGAGCGGAACGUUUGGAGGUAUUCUCCAAGUGCUUGUUGGUCAGGUAAGGAAGGACCUUGAGUGCUCCCUUUGUCUCCCUUUUUAUGGUUGAUUUAACAAAGUGACCCUUUCACAGCCUUUCGAUACCGUCAAAGUGGUGAGUAGGAAGUAGGAUAUGCAACAUUUCAGUGGUUUGAUGACUGACAGAGCCGCAUCCAUAGCGUCUACAAACACAAUCCCGAACCAAUCCAUUAUACUCGGGUAUGCUCGACUGUGUGCGCAAAACUCGAGCUCGGGAAGGAUAUGCCGGUUUCUAUAAGGUACGAGCUGACUUUG